AUGGAGACAAAACAGGAAUAUACCAUGGUACAAACAGAUCCCGAAAGGGCAGAAGCCCCAAGGAAAAAUAGCCAAGUGUCUAGCAAUUUAGACGGUGGAUGGGGUUGGAUUGUCACGUUCUCCUCCUUCAUGCUCAACUUUUUGGUAGAUGGAGUCUGCUAUACAAUUGGUGUUUUCUUACCAGUAUUCAUCAUACACUUCAGGGGUAGUAAAGCAAAGACAAUGCUUCUUAGCUCUGUCACCAAUGGACUGUCUUUUCUACUAGGACCAGUGGCUGGAGUGUCGGUUAAUCGGUUUGGAUGUCGGAAGACGACGAUUUUGGGAAUUAUGAUUGCGAGUAGCGGACUAUUCCUGUCCACGUUCUCGCCUAACUUGGACGUCAUGAUUGUUUUGUACGGUAUCAUCGGAGGAAUUGGUUUUGGACUUGUAUACACACCUACGAUAAUAAUAGUGAGUUACUAUUUCGAAAAACGCCGAGCUCUUGCUACUGGGAUCGCCACAUGCGGAUCGGGUAUCGGAGGGUUUGUGUUCGCUCCACUUUCCGUACUUCUACUGGAAACGUAUGGUUGGCGAGGCGCCAUGUGGAUCAUCACGGGAAUUGUGCUGAAUGGCAUUGUUUUUGCUUCCUUCUAUAGAUCGGAUUAUCCACUAACAGUAAAAGAUGACACUAAAAAUAAACCAAAUGGCGAACAGACAUUAAAAACCAUAUUAGCGUCAUUCUGGAAGACGUUUGACUGUUCGAUGCUGACAAGUCCGUCAUUUGUGGUAUACACCACGUCAUGUUUCUUGGUCUCUGUCGGAUUUUUUAUUCCGUUUAACUGCCUGCCUGCCCUCGCCGGUGACCUUGGUAUUUCGGCCAGCAAUGGCGCUUUAUUAAUAUCUAUCAUUGGAAUAUGCAAUACUGUGUCUAAUGUUGUGUUUGGCUUCAUCAUCGACCUUCCCUGUGUUGACAAUAUUCUAACAAACAAUAUUGUCCUGAUGACUGGAGGAGUGGCUACAAUAUUGGUGCCUUACUACCAUGCAUUUGGAAUCCUUGUUGUUUAUUCCGCCGUGUUUGGAAUCAUGAUAGGAGCUUUUGAACUGUUGAAUUCGAUCCUUAUGGUGGAAAUAAAAGGUAUCGAGAGGUUAUCUAAUGGGUUUGGCCUAUUGAACAUGUUUAUCGGCUUCGCCAGCAUAGUAGGUUCGCCUAUUGCAGGGGCACUGUCAGAUGCUUCAGGAAACUAUGAUGACGCUUUUUACUUUGCUGGAGGUGUGAUAACUAUAGCUGGUGUUAUAUGUUUACCGCUUAGACGAAUCAUCACAUGGGAGAAAAAAAGACUCGCGAAAAAAUGUAAAAUGAAAGAAUCUGAUUCAUCAAUAGAAAAAUGACGAAGACAUUCAAACUGUUUGUUUCAUGCCAAACUUUAUUUACAUCGAUCGAUAUCAAUAAUAUCAUAUC